AGGGAGAGUGGGAGAGAGAGGAACCUGUGUGUUUGUUUCACCUCCUAAUCAGUUUUCCUGGGGGAUCUAUCAGUGACUGCAGCAGCAAAAGGAGGAAAAAAGAAGAAUCGACCCUGCUAUUAGCUUCUCCCAUCAUAUAUUUCAGCCUCAUACAAAUGACAGCUAUGGAUACCCCUCUCUCCACCCCUUGCAACAUCCAGGUUUGUGAGGUGACCUGUGACUCCUUUCGCAUCAUGUGGGAUAUGACACCUGAAGACACCGCCAGAGCUACCCACUUCUUUAUUGACCUCAGCCGCAAAGAAAGCAGGGAUCCCAACCGCUUUAAACACAGGGAUGUGCCAACCAAGCUGGUGGCCAAGGCAGUGCCUCUUCCCAUGGCAGUCAGGGGACACUGGUUCCUCAGCCCACGGACAGAGUACUGUGUUGCUGUUCAAACGGCUGUACGUCAGCCAGAUGGUGACUACCUGGUGUCAGAGUGGAGCCAGGUGGUGGAGUUCUGCACUGGCGACUAUGCCAUGGAACACCUACAACAGCUUCUGGACAAGGCCAAGGACUCUGCAAGCCGGCUGCUGAAAUUCUCUGUGUUUUAUCGCAACCAGCACCCAGACUACUUUGAAUAUGUCAGGAAGGAAUGUGGAGGACUGAUGCAUCCCUCCCUAAAAGACAGCAGUGGGAGUCACGGUUCUCCUAUCAAUGGCAAACUGCAUGGAGUCUUCUUCAGCUGCAAUACAGAGUUUGAUACAGGCAUCCCUCCCAGAGACUCCCCGUACGGCCCCUUGCGUUUCCAGAUCCCAGCUAGACAUCUUCUGAACCCCAACAUCCACCUGUAUUUUGCAGACUUCUACUGUAUGUAUACAGCCUACCAUUAUGUGGUGCUGGUGCUUGCCCCUGUGGGCUCAGAGGGAGACACUUUCUGUCGCACCCGCCUCCCUGUGUUGGACUUGGCCUCCAACCCCUUCCUGACAUACACUGCUCCCCAGAGGUCGGUGGAGGAGCCCCUGUACUGUCAUGCCAGUGAUGUCAUCCUUGAGGUACUCUUCACAGAACCGGUUCAUUUGGAUCAGGGCAGUGUGGAGCAGAUCAGUGGGCACCACCAGCUUAUGAGUCUAACCACAGCCAACGCCAAGAAAGAUCCAAGCUGCAAAGUGUGCAACAUCAGUGUGGGACGCUGAGGGAGAUGGACAGACACAGGAGAAUCUAAACCAACAGUGCUGAAAGGUACAGUUUUACACAGGACAAAACAGUCGAGUUCACUAAGAAUAAGGCAGAACACAGGGGAAACAGCCCACCUCUCGGGGUGUGUGAAUGCCGCUUUGCCUCCUCCCUCUUGCCUGGACUAGAAGAAUGAGUAAUAAAUAGAAAACUUUUACCAUCAUGAUCACAACCAGAAAUACAGUUAAACAUCCAUCCAUGACUGCUGGACAAAACUGGAGAAAAUCUGUGCAUUUUCAUACCAUUUUAAUUUACAUUUUUUUUCCUUAAUGUUCCUUUUGUGUGUUAUGUAUUUUCUGUUAUCAGUUUGAUGUGAUUAAUGUUAAAGUCAUUUGUGUUUCAUAAUAUCUGGAAGUACAAACACGCAAAGCAUGCAUCUUUUUAAAGUCACAUUAUAGAGGUUAUAACAAAUUUACAAAGAAUUCUUUUUAAAGACACUGCCAGAUGUCGUCUUUUUAUAUAAAAGGCUUAUUCUUGCCAAAUGUGUGCUUAUUAAUUCUACACUGUAACUUUGUCUGUAGUGUUUAGCACCCCUGCAGUAUAAUAGAAUCCUUCUUUAAAAGAAAAUUGUAGUAUGGAAGAGGAUUAGGGGCCACUGUGCAAAACUUAUUUGAGUUCUGACUGACUCAUAAUUUAAAGACAGAAUUUUGAGUUUGAAUUCAGGACUCAAAUAAAUUUUGUACAGUGGCCCUAAUCCUCUUCUGUAUUGUAGAGCUAGGAUUAAGAAAUUAAUUAUAACCCUUAAUAACAAAGUGUCAAAGCUUUUUACUGCAGAAACAUAUGUGAGGUGGGGCAGUGAAAGCAACACCAUUCAAUGUGUUGGGGUUUCAGACACAGCAGGGAGGUAAUGGGAAAACUCCUAUCACAAAGUUAAAAUGUGUUCAGUAUCUCACAGCAAGCUUCCACUGAGCUAAGAUUAGCUUCUCUCCUGUUACGGGGCUUCUGUUUGUCCCUUCCCAGUAAUCUCUGACCUAUUUGGGAAUCCCAGAAACACCCAGAGUGAAAGGGAUCCCUUCCCUGUUGCAUAAUAGUAAGACAUGGGCUAGUGAGUGGUCAAAAUAUAGGACAUGACAGAAGAGCAUGGACUGAAAAAGUCACCUUAUUGAUGCAGAUUGUGAAAGAAAACUGGAACAGAAUGCAACAAAAUGUUUUGUACAAAACAGUUACUCAAAUGUCUAAUCAUUUGUGAAAAUAAAAACAAAUUCAGAGUGAAAACUGUGCAAAUGUAAUAAAAAUAUCCACCUCA